GGAACCAUAGUUCACACACUCUACAGACAAGACACUUUUCACAGGACAACAGAAAAUAGGAGAAUUUGGAAUUGUAUUUAUUUACUUGAACACUUUCGGGCUGAAUGCAUCCCGGGCGAAGCAUUGGUUAGGCUACAUCUUUGCUGACGAUAAAUUGAACAAGCAUGCCGAACUACAUUGCAAGUAUAGUUUUUGUUUGUGGCAUGUUUUGCCCUAUGCUAUAGUCUAUUAUUUUAGACUAGCCUACUGAUUCUGUUGGAGCAAAAGCCUAUAGCUUUUCAAGCGGAACCUAAGGGCACACACAUUAUAGCAAAACUAAUUCGCCAAUGAUGUGGUUUCCUACCUAGCGGUUACAACUGCCGGAAACCUUUUUUAAUGGAGUAAAUCACCAAUACGGAUCCAGGAUUCAACAAUGCCUGUAAGAAAAAAAGACACAGCUAGGGCCCUAGGCCUUUUGGAAGACUACUGUGCUAAACUGAGGAAGCCAGAGGAACAACAGCUCAAAACUGCCAUUCAGAGAGUGAUGGGGGUCUUCAAAAGCAGCCUGUUCCAAGCACUGCUUGAUAUCCAGGAGAUCUAUGAGGUGACGCUAUUGAACACCCAAAAGAGCUGCGAGCAGAAGCUGGAAGAGAUCAACCACAUGGCUGACAAGUGGGAGCAAACAGGCACAGGCUUCCCCACCACGGCGCUACAACAUUCCUGCCCAACAGAGAUGAGGGAGCGGAGCAGCUCGGAGCCCAGUAGGAAGGUGCAGACCGAGAUCAGUGUAAAAGUCUCUGAAGUCAACAGCAAGGGUUAA